AUUACUUUACUGAGAAUGGAAGAAGCUUUUGCAAGCAAUAACGUCACUGACCAUACAAGAGAAAGCUCAUCACAGCUGCCUGCCCUACGAAUGAUCGAAGUCGUUCUGUAUUUCACAAUAUCUGCGGUUGGAAUAACAGCCAACAGUAUGAUUUUUCACUCAUUAUUGAGCCGUCAUAGUCUAAGGGUUGGUGAAUAUCUUAUUCUGAACUUGGCUCUCACCGACUUGGCAACUUGUGCUGUGAGCAUACCCUUUGACUUGACAGAGCGUCUCAUGGGAGGAUUCCCGUACGGUUCGAUCAUGUGCUACGUUGUGUAUCCGUUGCAGACAGUACUCAUGGCAGUCUCGGUGAUCACACUACUCUCAAUGAGUUUGGAACGUCGGCGAAUUGUAAUGAAACCCUUCCUUCGACCAAGGGUUCUUCCGAGAAAGGCAAAGAUCGCAAUUUGUGUCUCGUGGAUCGCACCUAUUUUGGUGAUAAUUCCCUACGCACUUGUACUGAGGCUUGAUGGAGAAAACUGCGUGGAAAAAUGGCCCGAGCAUUGGCACGUUCGAGUUUUCACGCUGACAAACUUUACGAUCUUUUUCGUCAUCCCUAUUGUUGUAAUUGCUACUUCUUACUUCAGAGCGGGGAAAAAAGUACGAAUGGAACUUGAAAAGCUCAAUGAUAUGCUGGAAGGGAGCAACAGAUCAAAGAGGGACUACACCAGGAAGCGCACAAUUCAAAAGCUUAAAGUUACAAAGAUGUUCAUCAUUGUUGUUGUCACCUUUUUUGUGUGCAUGUUACCCACACAUUUGGUGUGGAUUUGGCACGAUUUUGCUCAGGGUCAACAGAACACACACUUUCAGGAUUUACUUACAUUCAGCAAUAUUGCAAUGUACUUAAACAGCGCUCUGAAUCCUUUCAUCUUCAGGAGUGUUCGAGGCAAAUCGUUCACCCGGCUGAUCGCGUGCUGUUGCAAAAAGUUUGGCGCGAACUCACGCGAGUCAUGGAUGUUCCCUUGCUGUGUUGACACUCAUCACCAAAUGUCUCAGGUGGAACGUGAAAGAGCCAUCAGAGUCACAAGACAGUCUUUGUCUGGAUCAUCUGACGUCUGUGACCUAUUUGAGGUGUUCUACGAGACGAGUGUUUGACUAUCGAGGACCCCAUAGCGCCCUGUUGUUGACUGAUUGCAGAUCGCACCCACUUUAUCUCGAUGGAUCUAUAUCGGGCACGCCAGGCCUACACUGCAAUGCACAAUCAUCUGAACCGUACAUGCCAUAUUCUUGUAUCACGAUCGAGUGCGCUUUUUUCAAUGAGAAAUUAUACAAUGUCU